AUGGCGGCGCGCUUUUCUAUUCAGCCUAUUGGCCGAUUUGCUGGUGAAAGCCAACCUGUCAAAAGACCCAAGGAGUUUGCAUGCUUCUCCUAUGACGACAACCACGAGUUUCGUCUUGAUGACUCUUCUCUCAAGUACUAUUACACUCCACAGUUAGGGGCAGACCUCUCCAAGGGAUUUGAUACUUUUCAGAAGCUGGAUGACACUGGAGAUGACCAUCUCGAUAGCCUUCUCAAGACCAUCGUUGCUCAUGAGCAAGAGACAGGUAAAAAGAUAGAUGCCAAUGUCGUUACCUGGAGAGGCAUGAUGACCAAGAUUAUGGCUACCCCCUUUGAUAAUAUGGAUGGCUUCGAAAUGAAUGCUACGCUGUAUCAAGAUUGCAUCUUUAUUGAAGAGAACAACGCCUACAAGGUCGCCUCCAGGUCCAACGAGGGUAGCAACAGGCGUAGGAGAGGGCCACCACUAGAAGUCAUGCAGUUCUGGGGGUACAAGUUCGAAACCCUAUCAACCCUGCCAGCGCCAUGGGCAGAAACCCCUCGCGAGUUUAUCGAAAACCGAGAGGAUGAAGUUGUCAACAACAAAGCUCAGUACUGCUCUGUUGUCCGAACAGGUAUCGGCAAAUCGGUUCUUUGCCUCGGCGGUGAAGUCGACGCCAUCUGGGACUCCAAACCCGAAGAAAAGGGCAGCCCUAUCAACUGGGUAGAGCUCAAGACGUCUGCCGAGAUUCGCAAUGCGGGAGAUAUGGAGAACUUCAACCGCAAGCUGAUGAAGUACUGGAUUCAGUCAUUUCUUCUCGGCGUGCCGCGCAUCGUUGUUGGGUUUCGCACGCGAGACGGUAUUCUAGUUGAGGCAAAGGACGUUGAGACGCAUCGCAUUCCUGAGACAGUCAACUCUUAUCCGAACCCCAAAUGGAACGCCGAUAUGUGCGUCAACUUCGCCGCCACUUUUCUAGACUGGCUAUCCGCGAACAUCACUGAUGAGGGCGUUUGGAGAAUAAAGCGUGAACCACAGUCGCCCACUAUCGAGCUUUUCAAAGUAGAAGAGACAGGACACGGUGAUAUCCUGUCCGAUGAGUUCAAGAACUGGAGGAUCAAGCUGGCUCUCGGGCCUAGCAACGAAAGCUGA